CAUGCAGAGUGCUCCUGGGAGAUCUGCAUUUCUUAGUCCAUCCCGCUCCAGACAUGGAAGCCCAUCUCGCCUCUCAACUAGCCAGGCCCUCCAGAUGCUGCAUGAAGUAAGUGAGGAAACAAACCAGAUCAUUCAUUCUUUACAACAGGAAGUUGAAGCGCAAAAACGUACCUCCCUCCAUGUACAGAGAGAGAAGGAACAAGAGUUGCAGCAGCAGAAGGAUCAGCUACAGUCAGAGAAGGAUAAGGCAUUGGACUUACUAAAGGAAAGACUCAUACAGGAGCACAUAGAGGAAAUAACAAAUCUGCAGAGGGACCAGCUGAAGGAUUCCAAUAGCGCUGAAAGUCGCUCUCUGCGCCAGCAGCUCAGAGAGAAAGAUAACGAGCUAAGAGCUAUCCAGAGAAAUAUGGCCAAAUGGAAAGAAGAGACCGCCACAAAGCUGGCCUGUAAAUUUGAGGAGGAGCUUAAUGCAGAUCUAGAAAAGAGUUUAGCCAGGAGCAAGGCCUCAGAAAGCCACAGAUACGCAGAAAGACCUGGGCCUGGAGUACGCAGGCUGUCAAUGGACAGGAGAGAGAAUUCCCAUCUACGUUCAGUUUCCACCCCUUCCUUGAAUGGAGCAGCAGUGCAACAUGAUUUUGGUGCGCUUAAGAUUCUACGUCAUCUUCAGGGCAGAGUAAGAGAGCUGCGAACUGAUAACAAGCCGAGUCAUGGAAUCAGUAUGGAUGAUUUAACCAUGCAAAGGACAGACAUGGCAAACUCCUACAGAGAAAAGAGACCCUUAAUAUGUGAACGAUCAAUAUCACAGAGCCAAGGAACUAUGAGGAAGUAAAUCCCCAACAGGCUCAACACGAACACAAUUCUGACAAACCUCCAAACAACUAGAAGCUAUUAGAAAGAAAAAAAAAAUCUGAAGAAAUAAGAAAAGAGAAGUUUAUCAGGGUACCUGAUUUCAACAAUGUGUAAG